CAAGUGGUAUGCAACAAAUGCAAUCUGUUGUAGGCAUAGGCAAUACAUUUUCAAUUUAUUACUGCGAACGCAGAUUUUCAAAUAUUGUAAAACUUUUUCAUUAAAAACUAGACAAACUAAAAAAAAUGAUGAAUCAUCAUUCAUCAUUUUCAGUUUCAAAAUACUAUACCAAAGCUUUUUAACAGGAUUAGCGUGGUGAGGAAAAUAGGAAAAUUAUCACACUAAAUGGUAUAUUUUAUAUUCAAUCAGAUAUGGUUCAUUAUUUCUUCUUCUGCAUUUAUAUGAAAUAGCGUCUCUAUAUUUCCCAAUAUAUAUUUCUGUUAUUGACAUCUAAAUGUUGUCACUCUAUAUUGAAAAGUUUGGUUAUGUUGGUUAUGAAGUUUAUUGAUUUAUGAAAAGAAUGGCGGUUAUCCAUAUGUUAUCGUUGUCAAUUUUUUUUGUGUUACUAUUUACUUUUAAUUUAACAUGCUGUGAAGUAAAAAAGUUUCCACUUUUAAUGCCUAAUGUAUAUCCAGCUAGACCUGACUUAUACAUUUGCACACCCGUUCGAAUUGUUGAUGAUAAAACAUUUUAUAUAGUGGGAUUUGAACCCAAUGCUACAAUGCACGUUGCUCAUCAUAUGUUACUUUUUGGAUGUGGUCAUCCUGGAUCUAAUAAAGAAAUAUGGGAUUGUGGAGAAAUGUCAGCAGCUGACUCAUAUAGCACUUUGAAAAAGGCUCCCCCAUGCAGAGACGGUAACCACGUUUUGUAUGCUUGGGCAAGAAAUGCAAAAUCAUUAACAUUACCAGAUGAUGUUGGUUUCCAAGUUGGAAAAGGAACUGGUAUACAGUAUUUGGUUCUGCAAGUUCAUUACACCAAACCAUUUCCAGAGGGACAGACUGAUAAUUCUGGAUUGUUUCUAAUGUAUACAGAAGAACCUCAGAGUAAACUAGCAGGAGUGCUGCUAUUAGGUGUAGGAGGAAUAAUUCCACCAAAAAGCCAAACUUAUAUGGAGACCGCCUGUGAAAUUGAAGAAAACAAAGUUAUACAUCCCUUCGCAUACAGAACACAUACGCAUACUUUGGGGAGAGUAGUUUCUGGAUAUAGAGUUACAAGAGAUGAAACUGGAGAAGAUCAUUGGUCUUUAUUGGGCAAACGAGAUCCUCUGACACCUCAGAUGUUCUACCCGAUAUUUGAUAGUACCCCAAUUAAAUAUGGAGAUCGUUUGGCUGCUAGAUGUACAAUGGAUAGUUCAAAUAGGAACAGAUAUACACAAGUUGGCCCUACUAAUAACGAUGAGAUGUGUAAUUUUUAUAUCAUGUACUAUGUGAAAAAUGAUACACCUUUAACUAGAAAAUAUUGUACCACCGUUGGACCUCCAUACUACAGAUGGGCUUUGGACAAAGAAAACGAUUUAAAUAAUAUUCCAGACGAAGAAGCAUCUACAUUGGACUAGAUUAUAAUUUAGACUGUUCACUAAGACUUCCCCUAAUCCUUUGAGAGAAUCUAAUUAGUAUUUUUAUAUAAUUUGAAUGACACACAAAUGAGACAUUUCAUCAUAACAUAAUUUAGGAUAUUGCAAUGAAACAAUCAUUUUGACUUUCUAUACUUACUUCAAUUCAGUACAACCGACAGUUUUCCUCCAUUGUUUGGUAACUUUACAUGUGUGAAGAAGAGAAUAUCAGUCUAUAAUACCUGUCUUCUGAUCUUUCAUACUCCCAAAAGAAAGUACCUACUCUUGAAUGUUUAGCAUUUUCAACCAUGUAUUUUUUGUAUAAAUAAAUCCUAGCAGAUUUCCUCUACUCAGUGUGCCUUUACUUUAUGUACGUGAAUUCCACAUAUGUGUAUAUGUGAUAGUUUUCCAGCUCUAAAUGAAUCUCAAUAAAUUUUUCAAGAUUUUUGGUCACUCUUCUUAUUACCAUUUAUUACUAAUUUUUGUGUAUUCAUCAAGAUUUUUAUUUUUGUAUAAAGAAAAGGUAUGCUGGAGUUUCUAAAGACAUGGAGUAGAUGCUUUUGGUGUUGAACUGAUUUGAUGUGAUAUAAACAAAUUUCAAGUUGUAGGUAAAACACUGCAAUGAUGACAAACUUUUAAUUCAAAUGGUGUCUGUUAUGUGUGUCAAAUAAUGAAUAAUAUUGACCAAUUAUUUAGUUACUUUGAAACUUUUCUGACUUUACUUACUGGAACUUUAUCUUUAAUGCUGAAGGCUCGAAGUUUAAAUAACGCUUUUUAUCACAACCUGACAGUAUAAUUUUAGGACUUUCAAAACCAUUAAUGUAAUAAGUGUUUAUAUAUAUAUAUAUAUAUAUAUAUAUAUAUAUAUAUAUAUAUAUAUAUAUAUAUAUAUAUAUAUAUAUAUAAAUAAACACUGGAUACUUUCACACAAUUCAAUAUGAAAUUUCAGCUCCAAUAACAUUUAUAAUUAUUAAAAAUAUAUUUUGUUUGUAGACACAUAGAAUACACCACAUUCCAGUACCAGUAUUCGCUAGCACUACUAAUUGCACACUAAUAGAAUAGUAUGAAUUUAUAGUAGAAGAAGUUCCAUCCAUUUUUGUAUUAAAAAAUGCUUAGUUUCAGUUAUUAGAAGGACUAGUGUAUUUUUUUCGACUAUUUGCUAUGAGAAACAGGUAAGAAAUAAAACCUGAACGACUAGAAUUCGCAAAACAUCAACCAAAAAAAUUUCAUAAUUACACUGUCUGAUGCGCAUUAUAAUAACAAAGUUAACAUCUUCAGAGUCUUCAAUUUACUUUACGAUAACUUGGUUAUCAGAACGCGUGUCGAUAUUGAUGUAGUGGUAGUUAAUAGUCUGUUCAGUUUGAAUAUCACCCACGGCUCAAGUAAUUCAAACUCCAACAAAUGCUAAUCAAAGAUAACAAAAGAAAAAACUUGCAAACUAACAUAUACAUAUAAAAAAAUACAGGUUUAUAACUGUUAGAAUAUAAACCGGGCGCUAUCAUUUAUUAGCAAUUAGUCUGAGCAAUGUAUGUACCUAUAAUACAGAAUUCUGAUGGCAGUUUAUUCGUUAUCCAAUUAAAAAAAUAUAAAUAAAUAACUGGAGGUCACUUAAUUCAAGUCAUACUUCAUUACAGAUUUUCUUUUCUAUAGAAAUAAUAUCAAAUCGAUAGAGACAGAAAUUAAUUUAAUUUUUGAGCAAAAUGUCCUGAAAAAACAAUUAAUUGCUUAUUGCUCAAAGGUUUCAAAGUUCCUCUUGAAAAGUUGGAAAUAUAUUUACAUAGUGAUCUAAAAGAUAAAUUAAAAAUGACAUUUUCAUAAUUUCAUGUGAGAUUUUGCCAAUAUGUUCUAUACUUUAGUCGUGUCAAUCAUUUUGUAUGAAAAACUGAUCUGAAUACAUAAUAAUUAAGAGUUGAAACAAUUUGAAGCAUGUUGCCAAAAUUUGAAUUGUCUAUUAUUUAUAAUUUGGGUAAUAAAUAAUUAGAGUUUGCUUUCAGGAUAAUUUUAAUAAUAUUGAAGUGUAAUAUUUGAAGAAACUUCCUGUUCUCAUUGUUACCACUACCUUCUAUAUACAAUUACAGUUUUUUACUAUCUGAAGUAGGGUAUGAUUUUAUUUGAAAUUAUAAUUUGUGAUAGACUUCAAACAAGCUAAAAAUUGAUACAUGAUUAAUUUGAGAAUUUUCAUUUGGAGAAGGCAUUUCCUAUUUCACACUAUCAUGAAAUGAUGCAUAACAAGGGGGUUGUUCUUGAUCUGCAUUUUUUCUCUCAACCAGUAGAGUUGUAUUCAUAGUCUCAUAGUAUCUUAUGCAGAAAAUGAAGCUUGUGUUAUUUUACUAUAAUGUUUGUCACAAUUCUUCGGUCAAUUAUUAAAUUUGUCGAUGGUAUUUCAACUAAGGAACCUGAAUCAAAUGACACUUCAUAAUUCUUGAAUGUAUCCAUAGUGCUCAACCAAGUGACCUUUAUUUGGUGUUCUACUUUUAUGUUUCAACCAGAAUUAUGUUAGGUGCUAAGGGGCUUGUAGUAUUUUGAGGCAGAGGGAAUAUGGCUAGUUUCAGAAAUAUUAGGAAAAGUACAUAGAGAAUAAAAUAGUGAUUAUAUUUAUAAUACUGUAUUUGUGUAUAAGUUUUAUGGUAGCAUUGUGAAAGUCAAAAUUUCAUUUAAAAUUAUAAAUUAUGGGAAAUAUUUACAGGUUUAUUAUAUUUUGUCUUUUAUUCUAAAAUGAAUGUAUCUUCAUUUUAUGUAGUACGUACCUUUAUACUAAUUGUACGUGUCUUAUAGGAUUGACAUAAUUUUUUAAUUAUUGUAAAUUUGUGAAUUUAGUGGUAAUAUAUAACUGCGAAGGUGCGUGUUAUUUUUAAAAUGAGGAUUUAAUGCAUUUAUUUAUUUAAAAUGAGAGUAUAUAGGGAGAACCUAUUCAGUUGUGAUGUUUCUUUGUAUAUUUUUGUUUUUGUAACAAUCUCCAUCCUUAAUUUUAUUUAUUCUUUAUUAGUUAAAUACCAAUAUUGAAAUUUCAUUUUUUUUAUAUAUUGAUAGGAAUUUUGGCCAAUGGUGUUUUUAUUUAGCAAAAAGUUCUAUGUACUUAAUAUAUUCGUUGUCCGAUAAAUGUGAUAGGAAUUAUGGAUCUUAAAACAUUUUUUAUGCCAUUUGGGAAAUUUUAAAUUACAGUCAUAAGGAUGUUUUUGAUAAUGUGCAUUAGCAUUAUCAAAACAUCCUUAUUUUAAAAACGAUACAGAAUGUUGUAGCUAUGUGAUUUAUAGCAAGAAAAGUGUAUUGCUCGAGAUCGGUUUUUUAAAAGAAAAAAAAAGAAUCUACAACAUAAAAAAAUUCCCUCUCUCUUCCUUUUUUUCAGUAAUAUUCUGGAAUGUUUUUGUAUUUUUAAAAUGCAGUUAUUCUUUGGUUCAUUUUACAUAUUUUUUGCGCACAAAUCAGGAAGUUUAACAUCAUAUCAGUAAUAGACUAUUUUGCGUUGAAUAUCAUAUCAGUAGUAGACUAUUUUGCGUUAGUCUUUUAUGCUGUGAAACUUUUAGUCAAUCGUACUUAAUCAUGAGUGAAUAUAGCUAAAAAUAUAUAAAAACCAGUAUUAAAUUUAUUGAUGUUAAGUUUUUCAUACAUUUUAUUUAUCGUGUUGGUAACUAUUGUGUUAACAUGUUCAAAAUGAAAGUAAAUGUACAAAUGACAAAUAUGUAUAUUCUACUAAUAUUACAAAUAAAAGUGACUUGUGAGAUGAGCAGGUAAAUUGGGUAUAUUCUCAACUUUUUUAAUAAGUUUACUGAUUUAAAAUUAUCUUUACAGAAGAAUUUUCAUGGAAUUGCUGCCGAUGAAUCAAAUUAACUGAGAAAUUAGACAGAAAUUAUUGUAUUCAGGAAUAAUUACCAAUUUUGAUUUAAAAUUAUAUAAAACUAAUCUAAUCGAUUAUAAUAUAUACAAUUAAUACAAAAAGGAGUCUUGUUUUUGGAUAUUUACUUUCCUAACGACAUUUAAAUGGCAGUACAUAAAUAGUUCCUUACUUUGUUCCAGUUACUGUACAUACAUCUGCUCUGCUAUAUGUGGUAGUGUGACUGUUCAUAAUUAUUAUUGUUUGCAUAGUUAUUAGAUAUAUAUAAAAAAUUUCCCAAGAUAGAUUCGGUUUUUUUUUUGGUCUAAACAUCAAAUCUAAUUUAAUUGCAAAAUACCUUAUGUAAUACUAUAACUUGUAAUUCUCACAUGAUUUUUUAUUUGUACAUAUUUUCGCCAAAUAUAUUAAUGGUAACAGAGUGUGUCACUCCUUCAUUAUACCUCAUUAUGAUUUGAAAUAGCCAGUUUGGGAACUCAUAAUGUAUAUUGUUAUUAGCUUUUUAAAUUAUAAACUACAUCUGAGUGACUCGUUCUGUAUAAAUUCAAGUACUUUGUUAUUUUCGAGAUUUUUGCUUCAUUUUGGUCAUGUCAAAUAAUAAGAACCUAAUUGUAAAGAAUUUACGCUAUACAGAAACAGAGAAAUAUAAAAUAUUGUAUAUAAGAUUCUAUUUUUAAUUGGAAUAUAUUAUUUUCUU